GUUUACAAGUGAAAUUUCCAGAAAUAAUUAACAAUUUUCGCUAUUUUUCCGGGUUUUUUAAAGGAGAAAAAUACUUGUUCGUGUUAUUGAAUCGCCCAACUUGAAGAACAUCGAAAAAUAAUGGCGUCUACUCGUGAAAGACGUAGUAAUGCCGGCAAUAAAAUGGCUCGUCUGCUGGACGAGGAAGAAGUUGAUGAGUUUUACCAGGAAACUUACGGCGGAUUUACUGAAACGAACGACGAUCGGGACUAUGUUCAAAAAGAUGCCGGUGACGAUGACGAUGUGGUAGACAGUGACUUUAGUAUCGACGAAAAUGACGAAGUAAUUUCGGAUCACGAGGAAGAGGAGGGCAAACGUCGAAAGCGGAAAGUAGUGACGCGCGCCUACAAGGAACCCGUGUCGAAAAAGACGAAAAAAGAGGAGACCCCCAAACAAAAAACGCCGAAAAAAACGAAAACACCUGUAAAAAAGUCGUCGCCGCACAAACAGCGGUUCACAGUACACGACACGGGUCGCAAAUCAUUUCGUCAAAGCACGACGCAGAAAGCGCGCGAAACGCAAAUUCGCCUGAAGGAACGUCACGAAGCCGAAAAGAAAAAACCUAAAGUGCAAAAGGUCGAGGAAUACAUUCCGACGCAGGAAGAACUGCUCGAGGAGGCGAAAGAAACGGAAAAGGAAAACAUCAAAUCGCUGGAAAAGUACAAACGCAUGGAGCUGGAGAAGAAAAAAGUGCGUCCGACGAAAAGUGUCGCUGCCGGACCGAUGAUUCGGUAUCACAGCAUGACGAUGCCGCUCGUGGAGGAAGUUGUAGAGAAGCGUGACUCGUUGCCAGCUGAUGGUCAGAGUGGUGCUCGGCGAUCCGAACGCAAAGCAAACGAAAGGAAAAUUGUGGUGACAAACAAGUGCGAACGGACCUUCAUCACGUUCCUCAACGACAUCGACAACAAGGUGUUUGACAGUGUGUUCAAACCGAAGCCAAAACGACAACCAAUCAGGUCCAAAAUCUGCCCAAUCACACAACUGCCAGCAAAGUACUUUGAUCCGGUGACGCAAAUACCGUACAAUAACUUGAUCGCAUUCAAAAUCAUCCGAGAGGCAUAUUACCAACAGUUGGAAGAGUACGGUAAUCGGGACAACGAACAAGUAGCCAAAUUCUUAGAAUACCGAAGACAACUGAAAGAAUAUCGAGCCAAAUUCAGUAAAAGUUCCAUAAUGGCAAGCUUGUGACACGAACAUCCGGAUUUGUAGAAAAAAUGCUCUCAGUGUAUCUCAUAACUCUCAUAAGUGUUUUUUUUUGUGUAAGGCGAAUAAAUUUAAUAGGUAUUUCCAUUUUUUAUCCCAUCACGAUUUUAAUCAGGAGAGGGAUAAACAAAAUAAAUAUUUUUUUUAGUUUUUGGACGUUAAACAAAGAUUUUUAUUUUUAUUUUAUAGAAAUAAUUUUUAUUCAUUUUAUUUUGAAAUUUAAACUUAAAUUGAAUAAAAAUAAAACUGAAAUUGAAACUUAGAAUUGAUUAAAAAUCAAACUGAAAUUUUCAAAAACAUAUUUAAAAAAAAUUAUUUUGGU